CUUUUUAUCUCAAACUUCUGACUUUUUUUCUCAGAAUUGAGAAUCAGAAUAUAAACCUGCAAUUGAGAGAAAGUUUAUAUCCCACAAUUCUGACUUUAUAUUUCGCAAGAAUUGCGUGAUAUAAACUCACAAUUGUGAGUUAUAAAGUUGCAAGAUAUCUUGAAAUGCAGACUUUAUUUUUCACAGCUGUGAGUUUAUAUCUUGCAAUUCUGAGAAAAAAGUCAUAAUUGCGAGAUGUAAACUCACAAUUGAGAGAAAAAAAGUCGCAAUUAUCUUUUCAAUUGUUUUAUUCCAUGGGGGAAACAAGCUUCCAUAUAUAGAACCCCAAUUAACUUUUUUUAAGAGUGUAUGGGAUUUUACUUUACUCUUUUUGUUAUGAAAAAAAAAAUGAUGUAAUUAUAGUUUGCUUAAUUUUCUUCUCACUUUUCCUGCUGUCUAUUCCAAGUCUUUCUCAAUAACUUUUUUUAGAAACUCACAGUCUGAACAUCUGUUAGAAAUAUGCAUGGACAGUAUAAGUUUAACUACAAGUUUACACGCAAGUGGACAUACUCAUUGUGGUACUCUAAAUCUGGGAUGAAUUGAGUUUAAUAUGUGUUGAUGAAUUCAUUUAGAAUGGCUUCAGAAUGAAAUGUAAAGCUUUUAUUACACUGACAUUUGGCCCGCAGGUGUUCAAUAGCAGUAAUUUCACUGGCACACAGACCUCAGGAAACAAACAACUACCAAAGUGCACACACACACAGAGAGAGAACAACUGGUUAAUUUUCCACCCACUGAACAACAGGGUUGGAAACUUUUGCAGUUGCUGAAUAACGUACUAUGUGCUUCAGUAAGUGUGAGUAAUUUUGUGUAAAAUUAGGAGUUCAUUAUAUUUUCUUCUCAUAACACAUGAUGCAUUGAAUAAGCUGGACUCCAGUACAUAGAAUACCUGUGGAAACCACAAUCAGAGAAAGUUUUUGUUGUUCUAGUGUUUGGUUUUACAGAUCAUUUAGCAGCAUGUUUCUUUGGAGACCUGCAGCUUGGGGACUAUAUGAGGUGGAACCAGAACAGAGACGCCCUUCCUGGAUUUGCCAUUGCAUGGGGUCUGUUGUUGUAUGAGUCAAAGAGGAGCGGAGCAUCAUGUCAGAACCCUUUGACUGUGACGGCUGUAAGGAGUCUCUGUACGGCAGGAAAUACAUUCAGGUGGAUGACGUUCCCCACUGCGUCCCCUGUUAUGACCGGCUGUACGCAAACACCUGCCAGGAGUGCAAAGAGAUCAUCGAACACGACUCACGGGAGCUGUAUUAUGAGGAGAGGCAUUAUCACGAACACUGUUUCCGCUGCUCGCGCUGCAGCCGUUCUCUGGCCGACGAGCCGUUCACCUGUCAGGAAGACGCCCUGGUGUGUAACGAGUGUUACUGCAGUGAGUUUUCCUCAAAAUGUGUGGCCUGCGCCAAGACUGUGAUGCCAGGCUCCAAGCGGCUGGAGUAUGGAGGCUGCACGUGGCACGAGGAAUGUUUUGUUUGUUGUGGCUGUGAGCAGCCCAUCGGCGGCCAGUCCUUCAUCCCAGAUAAGAGCGAGUACUACUGCGUGCCCUGUUACGAGGGACGAUUCGCCCCACGCUGCGCCCACUGCAAACAGAUCUUGGUUCAGGGUGGCGUUACGUACAGAGACGAGCCCUGGCACAAAGAAUGUUUCUUGUGUACGGGUUGUAAAGUCCAGCUGGCCGGACAGCCUUUCACAACGCAGGGUGAAGAUCCGUACUGCGUGAAGUGCUUCAGCAACCUGUACGCCCAAAAAUGUGCCGCCUGCGACAAACCCAUCACAGGUUUUGGAGAAGGGAAGUACGUCUCGUUUGAGGAUCGUCAGUGGCAUCAGCCGUGUUUUCAGUGUUCGGAGUGUUCGGUGUCUCUGGUUGGCGCUGGAUUCUUCCCCGACGGGACAAAGAUUCUCUGCAAAAGCUGCAAUGCCAAAUAACCGACAACUGCUUCUGUAGAUGUGCUGAAGAACAGACCUUUGUGUAAUAGAAACACAUUCAUGAAACGUUUGAAUUUUAUGGUUUAAAUGAUAAACUCAAAACAUUUGAACUCAACAUGUUUCAUGCCAAAGUCACUCAAGUUUCCUGAGAUGUUGUUCUCAUCAUUGUAGUCCUUCUUUGCAUAGUUUUGAUUUUACAUUUGAUUUGAGUAAUUUUCCAUGUGUUUGCAUUAACAUCAGGCCUUUACAUUCCCUCCAACAGCAACAUUCCUUAAUGAAAUUUACAUUUGAACAAAACACAAACUGACCCAAAUGACUGUUCAUAUGUGAAGGCAUGUGUUCAGUGAGACAGGAUUGAAUCAUGUAAGGAAGCAUUCGAAUGUGGACAGACAAUGUUGUUUAUAUUAAACACACAAUUUUUAUUUUCAUUCAUUGGUGCAUUAAAAUAGUGCACUGUAAAAUUCACUUUUAAUACUUUUCACAUGAAAUAUUCACAUAUUAAUAAUGAUUUAACAGGUGGCUUGCUAUUUGUGUUGCUUUCAAAAGAAUACUUUUAACUUUUUUUUCAAAUGUUUGAUGUAUUUUUGCAUAAAAAUGGCUUCUGUAAAACCGCUCCUGCUUUUGUGUUUCCUUUUAUAAAAUGUUUGUUACAUAUAUAAAAUUACUUUCAAAUAUUA